AUGAGAGUAAACUCAACAGAUGAGUUAGAAAUAUAUGAAGAAAUAGGUAGAGGAGGAUUUGGAAUAGUUUAUAGAGGUAUAAUCAAAAAGACCAAAGAAGAAGUAGCAGUAAAACAAAUUGAUUUAGAACAAGAUUCAACAGACUUAAUUGAAAUCAAUAAGGAAAUUCAAAUAUUAAGUGAAUGUAAAUCUCCACAAAUAACUUCAUAUUAUGGUUCAUUUGUUAAAAAUUAUAAAUUAUGGGUUAUUAUGGAAUAUGUUGAUGGAGGAUCCAUCUUUGAAUUAAUUAAAUCAAGUGGUGGGCUAGGUAUAAAAGAUGAAAAAACAAUUGCAUAUAUUACCAAGAAUGUAUUAUUAGCAUUAUCUUAUUUACAUAACCAAAAUAAAAUUCAUCGAGAUUUGAAAAGUCAAAAUAUUUUAGUGAAUAAACAAGGUCAUAUCAAGUUAACCGAUUUUGGAGUCAGUACUCAAUUAAAUUCAAAUUUUUCAAAAAGAAAUACUACGGUAGGGACACCAUAUUGGAUGGCACCUGAAAUUAUAUUAAAUUCAAAUGGGGGACAUGGGUAUAAGGCUGAUAUAUGGUCAUUAGGAUGUUGCUGUUAUGAGAUGUUUCAUGGAAAGCCACCAUUACAAGAUUCGAAUCCACCCAUGAAAGCUUUGAGGUUGAUUUCAAGAUGUACUAAAAAUGGAGAUUUUAUAAAAUUGAUUGACCUAAAGAAUUUAGAAGUUAGCGAAACGUUUCGGGAUUUCUUAAGCUUGUGUUUUAUUGAAGACACUAAUUUGAGAUUUAAUUCGGAUAAGUUGUUAAAACAUAAGUUUAUAAAUCAAAGAAUCGAUGAUGGACCAAAAUCAAUCAAGAAAUUGAUAACUAGGAAAAUACUACAUGAUACAACUAACAACUCCUCGAAUAAUCAUAAAAGUUACUACGUAUCUACUGAGAUCCACAAAAAUCAAAUAAAAUGGAAUAACGUAGAGGAAGAGGAUCAAAAAGAAGUUAAUUUCGACAUAAGUUCGCUAAGUCAAGAAAAUAACAGUUACAAUUCUGAACCAACUAUCAAUCCAGAUGAAGAUUUAUUUAACAUACAACAUCAGUUUCAGCAGAUACUAAAUAAAGUUUCCCAAAAGGUAGAGCAAAAAUGUAAAUUAGAUCAAACUCAGAUCUCGAUUAUGAACCAACUAGAUGAAAACAUGAUGAAAUUAAUGACUAAAAAAGAUGAUGACAAGACGAUCAUAUUCCAGUAUUUAAAGACGCUAUUAAAAGAACUUUCAAAAAGCAAGAAUUAUGAGAUUAAUAAGCAAAUCCUACCGUCGAAAUCAAUACGACAAGAUAAUUUAAUUUUCAGAACAGAUAGCAAUACACUCAAACCAUCUCAAUCACCAAAUAGAUUCGAUGAAAUUGAAAGAAGUCUAAUGGACUCUUGGAUCCAAAGAAUGAAAGAAUAA